AUGACGAUGCAGGUCCGCCGCUCCAAGCACCGCAAGUGCUGGUGCACCGUCUACAUCCGGGAUCUCUACGAUGCUUUUGCUGCUGUUGUCGGAUCAGAGGCGCGGUACAAUACGAGGCCGAUGGCGGGGCCGGGGAAUUUGAAGGCGGAUGUUUACUUCAAUGCUGUGCAAAAGAGGCCGUAUGGGCCAAAGAGGUUGAGCGACCGGGCACGCCGCCGCUAUGGGAAGGCGAAGUGGGACAUUUACAUACGUCGUGCGCAUCCGGAGGAGAAGAGGGAGGAGGACGGGUGGGACAGGGGAGAGUACGGGUUCGAGGAGGAAGACUACGAGGGGCAUCACUACCAGGAUGGAGACUACGAUUACGACCAAGGGUAUUACUUCGACGAGGACGAUUACGACAAGGGCGACUACGACGAGGAGGACGAGGAGUAA